CGGCGCCUAUAAAUCCACCCUGCUCCAUUGUUCUUAUCCCUUCAACCAACAAUUCAAUUCCAUUCAAUUCAAUCCCAAAACAAAGAAAAAGAAAAAGGAAGCAGAAUCCGAAAGAAAUCACCACUUCUAAGAUCUCGAGAUGGGCAACUGUAUCGUCCUGCAGGAGCCAGUGACAUGGGUCGACGACCACGAGGACGACUGGGGAUUCACCGAGAGCAAACUCCCGGCGAAGCUCCAAGAGAAGGAGGAGGCCGCAACAAGGAAUACGAAGAAGAAGGUCGAAGGCUCAACGGAGAUCAGGGUCACGAUCAGCAAGAAACAGCUGGAGCAUCUUCUCCAGCAGGUGGACGCGCAGGGGAUGCCUCUGCUCCAAGUCCUCAGCAGCCUCGUCGGCGGGCCGAGGAGACUGGAAGAAGAGCAGGAGAGGCAUUGGAGGCCGAAGCUACGCACCAUACCGGAAGUAGCAGAGUUAGCAUACUGAAGAUGAUAACGCAGUAGAAUGAGAUCAUGUUCUUUCGUUCUUCCAUUUGUCCAGUUUUGGCUUUAGUCUUUCAUCCAUUUUCAGUGCUUAUCUGCACAUAUUGCACAGCUUGCUCUGUAAAUCCUUUUCAAACGCAUGAAUGCUUCCAUCACAGACAGCAUCAGUACUUCUGCCAACUUCUCCAGAUGAUUGCUUCAUGAAUCAAUACUUUAUCCCACUUAGUGAAUCUUCAGUGAAGGCAUAUUUCAACGAGUGCUGUUCUACAAUUAUAGUUCAUACAUUGUCGUUGACUUCAUGCAAACCACAAAAGAACAUGAUUGCAUAUGUGGUCCCUCUAAUCCUUUGUUUUUUUUCUUCUUUUUUGACAAUUGCAUCACUGAUCACUCCAGUUGCAUAAUAUACAUCUUUAAUAAUUUAGUCUUGGUUUGGUUUGGUGAUCGCUUCUCUUUCUCUUUAUAUAUGGCUAGCUUCAUGAGUCUGUUCUCCAUUCAUAAUUCUCAUCGAUGGGUGUCUUGAGGAUUCAUUUUCCUUACGCGAAACUCGACAAGGAAGACCCUGAAGAAAUGCAGCGCCUGAAAGCGAGGUUUCUGAUAUACAAGAUAUUGGAGGAAGCUGGGACACAGCAGAGGAGAUCGUACUCUUCGAGGAUGAGGGUGCGCAGAAUGAAGAGAAAGAUUGGGGUGAGACUGAGAAGGCUGAGAGUUGCCAUCGCCAAAACUAGGCAUUUCCUGUGCUACCAGAUCUUGAAGCAUUUGAAGCCUGUUCUUGUCACCAACUAAGAACCCAAAUGCUGCUGCAGCUUGAAGAAUCACUCGUAUUCAGUAAUUUUCAGAUUGUGUCUGUCUUUUCUGAUUUUUUUUUUUUUUUUUGUUCAUGCUUUUUUGUAUCCAUCAAGUACGAAUAUAAGCCAAAUAAGUAUUUACCAUUAAUUUCGA